ACGCCUAAAUUGGGUUAAGGAAGACUGGUAUCUACGAACAAAAAAAACCCUAGUUUCAGAAACAAUAUAUUUUUUUUAAUUUUCUAUAAUGAUUGAUCUGCAAUUCUACAUCAUUGACUUGGAUUGGAUCAAGUGAACACUUGCUAAUUUACGAGAUCCAGAUUAUGAAUAUAUGAUCCUGAUGAUGCUUUGAACCUGCUGAUUAAUCUGACUUCUGAAUCACUGGAUAUAGAUCUUAUCAUAUGGAGAGAUGGCAGCCAAGAAGGGGGAGGGGAAGAGGCAGAGGAACCUAUUCAUCUUCAUCUCAUACGCAAUCGAACAACUUUCGACCUUCAAACACUUCAAAUCAUCAAACUACCCGAAAAAUAACACCGAAUCAUACCAGUUCUGUAAUCAACAAUAAACAAGACAAUAACGGUCCCGAUGACCUCCCCAACUUAACCGGAUCAUGCCCUUAUAUGUGUCCAGUUGAUGAGAGAUCACGUCGCGAACGACUACGAGAUUUAGCCGUUUUCGAAAGAUUAAACGGGAACCCGUCUUUAUCGUCAUCUGCACUUGCUGUUAAAAAGUUCUGCAGGACAAUAUCCACGAAAGACGUGCGGGAUGUUGACUUACGCCCCAUUUUUGUACUAGAAGACACUUUGAAUCACCUUUUAGACAUUUUCGGGUCAAAAAGUCAACCCUUCGAAGUUAUCCAUGACUUUGUGUUCGACCGAACACGAUCCAUAAGGCAAGACCUCAGUAUGCAAGGUAUAAUGACGGGAGAUCAAGCGAUAAGAAUAUACGAAAGAAUCGUAAAGUUUCAUAUCGUUUCUCAUUACAAGCUUCAAAGAAAUAACGCGAAUUCGGAUCCGAAUGUCUCUCCAAUGCAUCACCUUAACAUGGAGCAGCUUACAAAGACGUUGUCGUCUUUAUACCACUUGUAUGAUCAAACCCGUAAACCGAAUCCCGAGUUUUAUUCCUUUCACGUGCUUCUUCAUCUCGGUUCUGAUCAUCAACAAACGGGUGAGUCGUUAUCUCUAUGGUUCCGGAAGCUUCCUUUUUCGAUCAUGAAGUCGAAGGAAAUGAUGUUUGCGCGUAGGCUUUUAAGGUACUCGCGUUUUGGGAACUAUAAACAGUUUCUUGAAACUGUUGAUUCGGAAGCAUCCUGUUUACAGUAUUAUGUUCUUGAACCGUAUAUUUGUGAGAUUCGUGCGUUGGCGCUGGCGUGUUUGAAUUAUGGAGGGUAUAAGCUAUACCCGUAUCCGCUUAUCGAGGUGUCUAAACGCUUGUUCAUGGAGGAAUCGGAUGUUGAAUCUUUUUGUAAAGAUUGCGAUUUAGAGACUUACACUAGUGAAGAAGGAACAAAGUUUAUGCCUACUAAACAGACAAGUUUCUGCAGGCCGAAAGGAUCCCGGAAAUAUUACCCGAUGGCGUCAAAACGGUUGAAAACGAUGUACGAUGAAGUACCCGAAGCAAUCUGAGUUCGGGAACUUUUUCUAACAGCGUACGACACUGUGGUGAUCGAAGGUCGUUUCUAGCAUGUUUGUUACAUGAUAUGAUGAGAUCUUUGUUACUUGUGCUUGUGAACUCUAAUUUAUAUGUAUAUAUUUGAUGAUUGGUGUAAUUUGAUGUAACUUGUUAGUAUUGAUGAACAUAUUGAAACAAAGAUUUGAGCAAAGUUCUUGUGUUUAUGAUUUGAAACUAGUAUUUAUUAAAAGGCAUUUGGUAGGUUAUGAAUAUGUUUUUCUGCAUU